AAAGAUACAAAAAAAAAAAACAAGGUUUUAUAAGAGUUUUUUGUUAUAUUGGCCCCCGAAUGGAUAAUGGGUAUUUGUUUAGACACAGAUGCCAGCGCGGCACAGGACACAAACGAAACCGCCAACGAAGCGUGGAAACGUACAAAUCCUCGCAAUACAAACAGUGCCAGUGGUUCAGCAAUAAAUGUCCCAUUAGCCGAUAUGGACAAUGCUGGCAAAAUAAAAUUCGAUCCACCAAAGGUUCCAGUGAUAUUUGUUUUAGGAGGCCCAGGUAGUGGCAAAGUAACACAUUGUGACACCUUUAUGCAGGAGCGACGAGGUGUCAUACAUAUAAAUAUGAUGGAUCUCCUGCAACAGUAUGCGAUGGGUAAUGAUAUGCAAGAUUUUGCACAAUUAUCAUCAAAAACUGUUACCGAAGUUUUAAUGUUAGAAAUGAAAAUGGCUCCAGCUGCCAAAGCAUAUUUAAUUUCCGGAUAUCCUCGUUCAAUGCGCGACGUUGUUGAAUAUUCAGAAAAAAUACAAAUUGUCAAUGGUGUUAUAUUAAUAUCGUGGCGUCAAUCUGUUUUACAAAAACAAAUCGAUUAUGGAGCAAAAUUAGGUCAUGUAGUUCUCUCUCUCGCCAAAAUGGAAUUAGAAAACUUUUUUAAAAAUGUUAUGCCUGUUGCUGAUUAUUUUGAUCAAAGUGAUAUGUUGCUGGCGGUAAAUGGCGAGCGUGCGCCAACGGAAGUUUAUAAAGACUUUCGGACCGCCAUACUUGACAUCUUAAGUGCCUUAGAGAAUCAAGAAGCAAUAUUAAAUGGAGUUACAGGUAUGGGCAGAGGGAUGAAUGACAUACCCGGCAGUAUAGUUAGUGUUGAAACUGCUCCUAGUCAAGAGAAGAAUAUUACAGAGCCUGCAGUGCGUCAGCAACGUUCGUCUGCAGCGUUUACAACAACAACAAGUCGCAUUCAAGAUGUUGAAGUUGAUUAUCAUCAAUUUUCUGGUGGAAAUGCUGCUGCUGCUGCUAAUGGAAAUGGUGUUGGUAUUCGUGGACGAGUGGUGGCAUCUCCCCAAGGAGUUGAUGCAGUUGCACUGAUGGGUCAGAAUAUUUCCAAUGCUAUAGCAGCUGUUAAUCAUGUUGGUGAAAGUGUACCACCCGUUAUUUGGGUGAUUGGUGGACCGGGAAGUAAUAAGGCAAGUCUGUGUUUGAAGGCGGUAGGACUGAAUCCCGGAUGGGGACAUAUUAGUAUCGGACGAAUUCUUCGAACUAUUACUGAUUCAGCUCCAAGGGCCAAUACCGAAAGUUAUGCCAUAAAAGAGGCCUUAACUGCUGGUGAAAUGGUUCCUGAGAAGAAUUUGAAUGCUCUGCUCGAUGUUAACAUUCGACAGUUGAUGGAUAAGAAGGGAAUAAUUAUCGAUGGAUUCCCAAGAAACUUGCAACAAGUUUCUUAUUUCGAAACUAAGUACAAAGUUCAACCGCCAGUGGUGUUGUUAGAUUGCUCAAAACUUCAAUUGGGUCGAGGUCGGGUUGAUGAUACGGUUUCAUCAUUUCGAAGACGUUUAGAGCUAUUUCGCGAACAAACAUUACCAAUGCUGAAAUCCAUGGACAAUAGCAGUCGAUUGAUAAUUGUUGAUGGUGAUACAGAUAGUCCGUCAGUACAACGUGAAUUUGAGAAAAUCAUUCGAAAUCACAUUCAAAAAUUAACAGUCAAUCCAAAUCAGAAUCCAAAUAAUAUGAUGAUGAAUGAUUUGAAUAAUCGACCUCAUACAACUACAAUGCGUAAUGUUACCGAACAAACCGAUGCAAUUCUAAACGAUUUGGAAAAUAAUGUGCCGGGAGCUGUGCCAACAAUAAGUCAUCAUGUCAGCAUGAUGAAUGGUCAUUUGAAGAGUAAUAGUAAUAAUGUCAAUAGUAAUAAUGUUAAUAAUAUGAAUCAUCAUGCGAUGGUUGGUGGUGUUAAGACUGGAAUGAAUGGAAAUGCUGGAAAACCUAUGGAUUUUAGGCAUAUGCUGGAAGAAGCUGAAAGACAUCCGGUAGAUUCAUAUAUGUAGAAUUUAUAAGGUCUUAAAAUAAUAUACGUUAUAGUUAGUUAU